GGCGGGAAGCGGCCCGCUUCUGAGGGUGGGUGGGGGUGGGAGCGAGAGCUUUGAGUCCUUUCCGUUGGUAGGUGGGAGCCAUCCUGCCCGCCUACCCGCCUGCCUGUGUUUGCUUUUGUUGCGGGCGACCCUCAGUUGAUUUCUUAGGGGUGAAAAGUAGAUCAUCUACUCCAGGCUUUAAAAUGUCCUUGAAGAUUUUCCUGGAAGAUGGCUGUAUAUAUGCACCAACGGGAUUUUUCUUAUUGGGAAAUAUAGACAUUCCAUUUGAAGAAAACUGCUUCAACCUGAACAGACUUUAUCCCAGGGUUUUCCAGCACCUGGGCAGGAAGAAUGGCUUUACUAGACUUUGUAAGAGUAGAGUGUCACUUUCAGAAGACAAAUGGAGCACCUAUUGCUUGUCUUCCCUGGCUGCCCAGAAUAUUUGUACAAGCCGAUUCAACAUCAUGCCCCAUUCAGAGCACUCGGACCUGACGGGCUCCAUAUGUAGCACAUCCUAUUGCUCCUUAGUGAAUAGCUUGCCUUCGAGGUCAUCCAUUCACUCCAUUGGCUCAUCUGUGUAUGCCCCCAAUAGAGCCAUAUUCAUAUUGGAUUUGAAGACAAUGAUGAUUCUUGUUGUCAAUGACCAAGCUUGUGAGCUCCUUGGAUAUUCCAGUAACGAGCUGAUUGGCCAGCCCUUUUCAUUGAUCUUCUCUAAACCCAGCACUGUGAUAGAAGAGGCAUUAAGUAAUGAGUGUGGUGAGACUGAUGGACCGAAUGUCAUUGCUUUUGGAACAGUGGUGGACAUUGUCUGCUCCAAUAAGGAGAAGAUUCCUGUCUCCAUCUGGAUGAAGAAGUUGGAACAUGGUCCCUGCUGUGUUGCUUUGCUGGAGCCCGUGGAGAGAUUUACGGUUUGGGUCACUUUCCAGAGUGAUGGCAAGAUAAUAUCAUGUGAUAACCUUUUUACUCAACUCUUUGGCUAUGCGUCCUUGGAAGAAGUGGUUGGAAGUGAAAUAAUGGACCUCAUUCCUUCGCUCCGGAUGCCUCCCCCAGGCCAGCUGGUCUCAGAGGCUCUCAAGAUUCAGAAAUUGACUGGGAGAACCAAGGAUGGGAACACCUUCCCUCUGAGUUUGAAGCUGAGGUCCGAGGCACUAUGUAAGGAAGAAGAAGAGGGUCAGCCAGAACCUUCAGUUUUUAUUUACUCAGCUUCUCUUUGGAUUUUUACCACCAUUAGUGGUUUAAUCACGCUUCUGCCUGAUGGCACCAUCUAUGGCAUCAACCACAAUUUUGCUCUAACAUUGUUUGGUUAUGAGAAGGAAGAGGUGCUGGGAAAGAACAUCACAUUUCUGAUACCUGAUUUCUACAACUAUAUGGACCUCAUAGAAAAUAGCUCUGUCCCAACACUCAAUAUCACUAACCCCGUGGACAGAAGAAAUGAGAAUAAGACUGGGAAAGGAAGAGAAGGCGGCAAACAGAAGUGGAAUCAAGCAGAUGGAACUGAAGAUCCUGGUGUUAAUAUCUUGCAUUCUGCAAAUGAAUUUCAGCAAAUCUUAGAGGAAGACAAGAAAGCCUCAGGACCCUUAAGAUUCCCCAGUAAGAUUGAGGUCCUAGGUGAAAAUGAUGGGAACAGUUCGCCUUCUUCUUUUUUACCCCUUGAAGAAAUAUCCACACCAGGUGUAGAUAGUCCCCCCACCCAAGAGGAACAGCCCUUGCCUAUGAGAGCACCUGAAGAAGAACAUGCAGAGACCAGGAUGGUGCCAGGUCAAGAUGCUUCUGGCAGUCAAAAGAGCCUAACUGGUAUCUUAAAAAAGGAACAUAGUGCUCAGUCUAAAGGAGAUCCUAAAAAACUGAAUUCAGUUGUUAUUUUGGAACAAUCCACUUUCCAAUCAAAGGUCUUGGAUUCUUCCUCUGCUUCUGAUCCAAAAGAAAAUACCUCCUCAGUGGGCCCAGCUAUUACUGAAGGCACAAGGGAUGAAGUGCACUCCUCUGAGAAGCAUCUUGUGUCUGAGACGUUAGACCCCCAGACAACCCUUCUGCCUAAUGCGGACGAGCAGAAGCGGAGUGCUGAUGUAGAGGACAUCCAGGGAGGAUCAGCUCCAGAGGAUACCAGUGUAGCCCACACUCCUCCAGGCUAUAAUAUCAAUCCCUUGGCAGACACUUUAGGAAAGCAAACACUGAAUGCUCAAGCAACUUCCACUCCUAUGAAACUGGGAAAGGAACAGAUCCCUAGAAUUAGUCUCCAAAUGGAAAUCCUGGAAGGCACUUACACUGGGAGCUGUUAUCAUAGAGAUGGCACCAAGCUCAACAUACAGUUCGAGCUGCGGCACGUGGAGUUAAAGGGGCCUGCAGAUUUGUUCUGCUGUUGGGUGGUGAAAGACUUCUUCCCAAGCUCUCGGCAGGGACUGGCAGGAAGAACUCAGUGUCUGUUUUCCAGCUUGAAUGCCUCCUCGCACUCGUUACUGGAAGAGUCCAGGAUGGGCCCCAGCGAACAGUUCAGAAAACAAAAAGAAGUCAUCGAGGAAUUCUUUCAGAGUAAAGACUUGGGAGUCCUGAAGGCUUACGAGGGCGACUACUCGAAGCGCUACACCACUGUCAGGCCCAUCGGCAGCGGCGCCUUUGGCUUCGUUUGGAUUGCCAAGAGUAAGGAAGACGGCACCGAGGUUGUGGUCAAGUUUAUUAAGAAGGAGAAGGUGCUGGAAGACUGCUGGGUGACAGAUCCCGCGCUGGGAAAAGUGACCCAAGAGAUUGCCAUCCUCUCGCAGCUGAGUCAUCCCAACAUCAUUAAGGUGGUGGACGUGUUCGAAAAUGAAGAAUUUUUCCAGUUAGUGAUGGAGAAACAUGGAUCUGGCAUGGAUCUCUUCUCCUUCAUUGACAGCCAUCCUACUCUGGACGAGCCCCUGGCGAGCUACAUAUUUAGACAAGUGGUGGCGGCAGUGACGUACCUUCGCUCAAAAAACAUCACCCAUCGAGACAUUAAGGAUGAGAACAUCAUCAUUGGGGAGGACUUCACGAUUAAGCUGGUGGACUUUGGCUCCGCUGUUUACAUGGAACCUGGCAAAUAUUUCUACACUUUCUGCGGCACCAUCGAGUACUGCUCCCCAGAAGUUCUCAUGGGCCACGCCUACAGUGGCCCAGAGCUGGAGAUGUGGGCCCUUGGGGUAACCCUCUAUACUUUAAUGUUUGAAGAGAAUCCUUUCAAUGAGCUGGAUGAAGCCCUGGAGGCAAUACUGAACCCUCCCUUUUUGGUCUCCCCUGAGCUUUUGAACCUUCUCUGUGGGCUAUUGCACCCCCAACCAGAAAAGCGCUUGACCUUGGACUUGGUGAUCCAGCACACUUGGGUGACCCAGCCUGUGAACUUGGCGAACUAUUCCUGGGAGGAAGUGUGUCACGUAACCAUAGAAUCAGAAUGUAGCAUUUAGUCCUAGAGGAGAGAGAAGAGAGUGAAUGAAACAAUUAGUAAUAGGAACUCCAAAUGUCAAAGGAGACUGGUCAUCUCUUACUUUAGAGAGCUGAUGCUAACGAUUCAUGCAUCGAGAUGAUGACACUGAGGGGCACCCGUCUUGUGUGCUGUCUCUGGCAUCUUUACUGCUGAAGAAGAGCAUCGGGCUCAUUCGUCGUCUUCAUCCCCGUGCUUUCGGAACACUUCCCUUUGGGGGACUGUUAACCUCUUAAACACUUGGCUUUUAGACCUUUACUGAUGAUCUUGAUGCCCAAGAUGCCCAAUCCAGAGAUACAGGAAUACUCUGAGUUUAUGGAAUUAUUUUCAUAUUCAAUUUUUCCAUGUUUGAAUUUGAAAAGAAAAAAUUAUACAUAAAGUUUGAUAUUGUGCCAGGAUUUUUUUGUCAGGGACUUUAGACGUAUUUUUGCUUUGUUCUUAGUAUUCUUUUCUUCCUCCUCUUUUGUAUUUGUGUAUGUCAUGUGGUUGGAGCCCAUCAGGAAGCAGAUGUUUGAAUUCCACAGAGUUUUAGGUCAAAACUGACCAGGCCAUUCCUAGUAUUUUUUCCUUUCAGUACCGGAUUAGGGCUGGGAUACUUUGCGGACCAAGGUAAGAAGACCAUGCUGUGCACACAGCUGGGUAGCUGGAACCUUCAGGAACCAACACAACUGUUGGUGGCGAUGGUAACUCUUUGAUGAACUGGGCAGUAUGUGAUGGUCCGUGAUGGAAACAACAACCCUCAGUGACUCAGAAAUGCCAUUCCACCUCCCUUCUUCCUUCAGAAAAUGUUCAUUGGUGGUGCCAUUUGGAUUUUUCUGCCUGACAAAGUUCCCAUUCAUUUGCUAAAAUUGUCUUCCUGGGUAAAAUUAGUCUAAGACCCUUAGUUUUAGGUUUCUGCUUAAAAGAGCUUUGAUUUUUAAAAACAUCACCACCACAGCCAUGAAGGAGGCUUAUAUUUACUUCUUAAGGUUGAUUCGUUUCUGAAUAUUCUAAGCUUCUCCUUUCUGUAGGACUGAAAAAUAAACCUGUUUUUCCUUUAAAUGCUCAGGAAUUCCAGUGGUUAAAGUAGUCCAAGAAUGUAUUCUUCAAAUAUGUGGCUAAGUCACCCCCAAGAAUGCAAAGCCCAUGUCUUUGUUACUUUUUGUAAGAGAAAAUAAUUAAAAUUCAUUAAAACUUAAUAGCAGAAAUGUAUGCGUGUUAAAAGGAGAAGAAAAAUUUAAUACCUUGGCAGUUAGAACCUGGAGGACAAUGUGUUCAGGGUGAAAUUUUCCUUGCGUUUUUGGGAAUGUUUAAGAAGGCAUAUAUUUAUACUGAUGACAGAGGAUGUAGUUUGUGUUGGCAAUCUGCAUCAUGCUUAUCACUUUGCCUCCAAAAUGUAUCAAUUUCUGGUUCAGUACCCUAAAUUCCCCAAGGAAAGAACUCAAUUUCCCAGGCAAUGGAGCUCAAGAUGCAGUUAGCAUAUCUCUUGGGCUGGGUUUGAACACCCAUUGUUCUAAUUCCAAGGCCAGUACUCUAUCCACUUUGGUGCCACUUAGUUGCCAAACAUUAUCUUAUAUCUGAUUCCACAUUGCAUUUAUUUCUGCAUUUUAAUGUAAAACAAAAACAAAGUGAAAAUGCUUGCUCAUCCAAAAUAUGUAAUGGAAAAUGGUCGAAUUUCAUCAGCUCUCUUGCUGAGAGAUGGAAAUUCAUGUUUUAUUUUUAGCUACAUAACCAGCUGACAAAGAUGAAUAGCCAGUUAUGACAUGAAAUAGUUACUUUUCAGCUGGCUAAUGACAAGCACUGUAAUAAAUGAUAAAUAUCCCUAAAGUUCAGUUGCACGUACUGCUUCAUUAUGUAACAGUCUUUACGUAAGUUGAACUCUUCAGCUGUGACUUCUCUUUUGUCACUGGCACCCUGACUACAUUCGUACAGAAACUUUACUGAUCAGUUCAUUUGAAGAUCUGUCAGAUUUAAGAAUAUAAUCGGCUCUCGCUACAUCGCAGUUCACUUAAGGCGGCUUCACUGUAUUGUGGGAUUAAAAAAUAUCUAAUUCUGUGUUA